CCGCACCGCUCCGUCAGCACCCGCGGCCCCUCUCCCGCCGAUGGCGCGGCAGCACCUCUGGAGGGCGCGCCCGCGGGGCGCGCCGGGGGCGGCGGCCGCGCCCCCGGGGGCCCAGGGCGCCCAGGCGGUCCCCGGAGCGGUCCCAGACCAUUGGGAACUGGUGGAGGGCGAGGACGUCGAGAACGAGCGGGUGCUGGAGCAGCACCGCCUGGCCGUGCAGAUAGGGCUCCUGGGGUCGGGGAACUUGGAGGGCUUCUUCGACCACGAGUUCGCGCCAGAGGCGAAGAGCAUCGACGGGCUCGCGGGCGCGCCGGUGAAGAAGGGCCAGGCGGCUCUCAUCGACCUCAUCGCCUCCCAGCGGCCCCGGGAGGACGCUGCCGACGAUGACGCCGAGCCGCCCCCCCCAGAGGCUCCGCGGUGCCCCUGCGGGCGCCGCUCGCGCAUGAACCGGGUGCGGGUGCCCGGCGCCGCCGACGGGCGGCCCUACUUCCGCUGCGCUGGGCGGGCGUGCCGCUUCCUCGACUUCGGUGACCUCGGGUCGUCGGCGCAGGCGCAGGCACUCCGGUGGGCCCGUUUCGACACGGGGCGCGCCGACAGGCGAUACGAGGUCGUGGGGGGGGAAGGCUUCCGGCCCGAGGACGCGCGGGUGGGCCCGGAGGCCGAGAGGUGCGGGGACUACUUCGCGGACGCGGCGGCCGCGUUGGCGGAGCGGCCCGAGGCGUUGGCCCGACUGCUGCCGAACGCAGGCUGUGGCGGCGGCGCUGGCGGGUGCCACGAGGUGCGCUUGUGCGUGGACGGCCGGUGGAGGGCGUUCCUCAUAGACGAACGUCUGCCAGUGGCUGCAGUCGGCGAGCACCCUGGCGGUUCCACGUGCCGCACCGGUACCGAGACACUGGCCUUCGGGCGAGCUGCAGGCAACCAGCUCUGGCUACCAUUGCUGGAGAAGGCGUACGCGAAAGCAUUCGGCUCCUACAACUUCGCGUUGCUCGGAGCACCUCUGGACGAGCUCCUGGUGGACCUCACGGGGGCCGCAGUUGAGACCUGGCUGCUCGAUGGAGAGGUGGACGCGGAUGUUUUGUGGAUGUGGCUGCAAGGGGCCAGCGAGGUUGGCGCGCUGGUCGUCUGCAGCUCGCGGGAUAGCGGCCGCGGGCGCGGCACCGUGCACGCGCUGCUCGAGGCGGUUGACGCUCAGGACCCGAGGCUGGAGGUCGCUGGCAUCCACGGGUGUCGAGCCGUCCGGCUGCGCAAUCCGCGGGCGGGCCUCCAUGCAGGGGCCGGCUACCACGACGUGAUGGCCGCCCUCCAGGGGGUCCCGGCAGAGGGCUCAACGCAUUCCGACGGCUCGUUCUGGGUGCCCUUCCCGCGCGAGUUCCUCUCCAGCUUUGGGCGUGCGGACGCCUGCCACGCCAAGGCCACAGGCGGCAACCUGGCACACACGCGCACCUUCGAAGGCGAGUUCGCCCCAGGCAGCGGUCUCGGCGUCCGGGGUUGUGCCCUGCGUGUAGCAGCCGGCGGCGUCGAGUCGGUCAUGUGCUGGCUGACCUUGGCGCAGCCGACGCCGCGCGGGGCCAGAUUGUUGCGCCCCGCCAUGGGGCGCGUGCUCAGUGACUUGGGCAUGCUGGUCAUCGACGCCGAUAGUCACGAGCCUAUCGCGCUGGCGAUGGGCGGCGCGUGGAGGAGCGCGACUUGCAGCCUGACCCUCGAGGCGGGUUGCGAGUACUUGGUGGUGCCAUUCAGCUUCCGCGCAUGGGCUGGUCCUGUGUUGCUUCGUGUUCAUUGCUCAUCGCCAGCGUGGGUCCGCGGGGCUCCAGACGAUCUGUCGGUGCAGACGUGGGCCGCCCUCCUGUCCACGAUGGCCGCCCCGGGGCACCCGACGCUGCAGACGCGUGAGCCCCGUCGGCCAGCCAGGCGCAGCCGCAGUCUGGAGGUGGACCUGGGUGACGGCAGCCGUGUGACAGCGGCCGAGCUGGUGUUGGUGGAGCUGGAGGGCGCUGCCAUGCUUGUCGUCUGCAAUCCGCUGGACUGCGCAGUCCUGGUGGAGCUGGAGCUGGAGGUGAGCCACAUGGCCGUGCACACCGCACGAGGCCCCCAGUUCGGCGAGUGGGACGGGCAGCGGACUGCGUCGGGCGGCCCCCGGGCGUGGGACCGGCAGCCCGACUGGCGGCGCCACUCGGUGGAGGAUGUUGUGCCCCCCGCGUCCCGCCAGCUCGUCUGCGCCUUGCUGGCGGUGGCCCGGCCUUGCUGGGCGGUGGACCUGGGAAGGUGCGCCGCCUCAGCCCUGCCCCCGGAUUGCGCCGGGCAGCGGCCCUCGGGGCACCCUUUCGCCCCGCAGCCCGCGGCGGCGUACGGGCCGGCUGCGGAGCGACCCAGCGCCCCCGCCGGCGUGCAGGGCACCACGGAGAGCGCUGCGCAGCCCCGGGCGGCCACCGCCGGGGUCGCGGCGGAGGCGGGCAGGCGUGGCGGGGCCAGAUGGUCACGCCGCGCGCGCGGGGUGUCGUGCGCGGUGUGCGCCGGUGCGGCGGCCGAGCUGGCGCCGCUCUCGUGCUGCGCCCAGCGGGUGUGCGCGAGCUGCGCGCGCCGGUGGGCGGAGCAGCAGGCGUCGGACCAGGGCGCGCUCCGGCUCACCUGCCCCUGCUGCGCCAGGGCGCUCGGGGACGACGAGUUGCCGCCGCUGCUCGGCGCGCCAGCGCUGGCGCGCCUGGCAGAGGCCCGGAGGCGCGCAGCGGCGCCAGCCGAGGCUCGGGUGGGCGAUGGUGAGGCUGGACUCUCUACAGAUGAGCUCGCCAGACUUGGGGUCAAGAGGUGCCCGUCUUGCGGCGCUGGCGUGCAGAAGGAGUCCGAGUCGUGCCACAAGAUGAUAUGCCGUGCUUGUCGUGCGAGAUUCUGCUUCAGGUGCUUGACAAGGCUGGAGUACUUCAACUGCGGCUGCACUGGUCCGGAGCAUCGGUUCGUCGACCCGGUUGACGGGAGCGCCGUGACGCACCAGUAGUGUAAGAGGUGUUAGUGAUCGUUGAUGUUAUGUUCUCCACCAGGGACCUCGACAAUUGGAAGACGGUGUGCAGGCCUCGCGGUCCAGCAGCAGGACAUGGCAUCUGUUAGCAGAUGCCGCAACAGAAGCCUCUGGUUAUUACAGACCAUGUUGCACAAUGGAAGCAACGGGUUAGGGUUUGCUGGAGAUGAUGGCAUGGGGGCUAGAACGUACGGCACCCACCAUUCCCGAGUGCACUCGCAGGCUUCCGCACGAAGCGCAGUUCUUAUGUCGGGCCUUUCGCGGGACGAGCAGACGCGGAGCUGCUCUCGUGUCCGCAGUCUUCAGGCUCCAGUUCGCUCUGAAACGUGCGAGCCUCGGCUCCUUGUCGAAGCUCGUAUGGAAUAUACAAGCACGAGGAGCGCUCUAAGCACGUGGAGGUGCGCCUGGCCCGGUUGCGAGUCGGCUGGGCCAGGACAGCGAGAGCGCGGGGCCCUCG